ACAUCUACAUAUAUACACUUAUAUAUAACAGUAUACAUCAUUAAUUAUAUAGAAUAUAAUAUAGUGCUUUAUACUGAAACUCUCACCGAGAGCUGAGGAGAAACAGGAUGAAGCAGAAUAAAUCUAAACCCUCACACAGCACUGAGAGGGAGUUUGGAGGAGCUGCAGGUGCGGCGUGUAUCCUCGUGUUUCUACCCCUCACGGUACUCGUCCUGCUGAGUGUGUGUUUGUCUGAGGAUGCUGCUGUGCUGCGGUGGCCACCUCACCUGCCCUCCACCUCUCACCUGUCUGACCCCCGAGCUCCACCCAUCAUCGUCCUGUGGAUCAUCACCCACGUUCUGCUCUACCUGCUCCCACUCGGCAAGGUAUCACAGGGGUUAGUUCUCAGAGAUGGAAGCAGACUGAAAUAUCCAAUCAAUGGUUUCCAUGCGCUGUGUGUGACGGCGGUGCUGCUGGCUGUGGGUUUGUGUGUGGGGCUGAACCUGGCGCUCCUGUAUGAGCUGAUGGUGCCGUUAGCCGUGUGCGCUAUCGUACUGGCGUACCUGCUCUCGUUCUACCUGUACGUCCGUUCCUUCAGCGUUCCUGCACAUGCCCUCGCUCCGGGAGGAAACACAGGUAAUCCAGUCUAUGAUUUCUUUAUGGGACGGGAGUUAAAUCCACGUAUCGGCUCGUUUGAUCUGAAAUAUUUCUGUGAGCUCAGACCAGGACUGAUUGGCUGGGUGGUGUUGAAUGCAUCGAUGCUGAUGAAGGAGGUGGAGUUGAGAGGAGCUCCAUCAUUAUCCAUGCUGCUGGUGAACUGCUUCCAGCUGCUCUACGUAACUGAUGCUCUGUGGAAUGAGGAGGCCGUGUUGAGCACUAUGGACAUCGUGCACGAUGGAUUCGGGUUCAUGCUGGCGUUCGGUGAUCUGGUGUGGGUUCCGUUUACAUACGGCCUGCAGGCGGCGUUUCUGGUGUCUCACCCGCACUCCCUCAGCCCUGUCGGCGCACUCGGGAUCGUCCUGCUGAACGGAACCGGAUAUUACAUCUUCAGACAGUCCAACUCUCAGAAGAACACGUUCAGGAGGGAUCCGACACACCACAGUGUGGCACAUUUGGAGACCAUCCCCACGGCAACAGGGAAGAAACUGUUAGUGUCGGGAUGGUGGGGUUUCGUCAGACACCCCAAUUACCUGGGAGACCUGCUGAUGGCGCUAGCGUGGUCUCUACCCUGCGGGUUCUCUCACAUCCUGCCCUAUUUUUACGUGCUGUAUUUCGGCGUGUUGCUGGUGCACCGGGAGGCGAGAGACGAGCACCAGUGCAGGAUGAAGUACGGUGCAGCCUGGCAGAAGUACUGCAGCCGAGUGCCGUACAGGAUCGUUCCCUACGUUUACUGACCUGCUGUUACAUUCGUUACUCAGCCACUUCAUCCUGGUCAGGGUUGCUGUGGCUCCAGCACCACCCGAAAACACUCAUAUUCAUAUAUUCAGUCAUAUUAGAGCAGCCAAUCCACCUUCUGCAGGUGGGAGAAGUACCCAUGUUGCUGUGCCACUCAGAUUAUUGUGAUGUCCUCUCGGGUAAAAAGAAGUGGUUCUGAACUACAGGACGUUCCUGAGAAAAUCAGACCAGUGACAUCACCGUGUCUUAAUAUGGCACCGAGGUGCAGCUGGUAAUGUGGGUGCUGCACCACAACAUGUGACCCGGAGACCUGGGUACCAUCCUCACCUCUGAUCACUGUGAAGUUUGGCAUGUUCAGCAUGUACUUCUGCCUUGUGUUUCCAGGUGUCAGACCCACCGAGACCAUGACCAGAAAGAAGCAGUUAGUGAAAAUGAAUUUAACAAUAUGAACUCAGGUGUUUAUUUUUUAAUCGAGAUUCAACUUUAAAAAUGAUUUUUAGUUUCAGUUUUUAGUGGAUGUUAAAUCUGUAAUUGUUAUAUAAGGGAUUAUUUACUGCAUUUCGUUGCCUUGUAAUAACAAUAAAGUUGAAUCGAAUCUAAAUGUAAAUGAAGGGAUAAUUAUUACUGUAAUAACAAGAGACUGAGUUUGUGCUGUGUAAAAAACAAUCAUAAUUCUAGACUGUAUGAGGGGGAAAUAUUUUUGUGUUUAUUGAAUAUAAAUAAAAAAUCUCAGAACUUUAAA